AGCCGAGCGCUGAUUGGCUGCGGCCAGGUCGUUUCCGGUGGAGCCGCCGCGGAGCCGCUAUCGCAGAGUGGAGCUGAGCUGGGAGGGAAACGCUGGAAGAGCUCAGCCGGUCGCAGCCUCGGACCCUAAGCCCCGUGCCCGCCGCCGCCCGUCCCCAGAGCACCAUGGCGUCUGGCAGCACUGAGGAGGAGCGCAGCCUCCGGGAGUGUGAGCUCUAUGUCCAGAAGCACAACAUUCAGGCGCUGCUCAAGGAUUCUAUUGUGCAGCUGUGCACUGCGCGACCCGAGAGACCCAUGGCGUUCCUCAGGGAGUACUUUGAGAGGCUGGAGAAGGAGGAGGCAAAACAGAUUCAGAAUCUGCAGAAAGCAGGCACCCGUGCAGACUCAAGGGAGGAUGAAAUCUCUCCUCCUCCACCCAACCCAGUGGUUAAGGGCCGGAGGCGACGAGGUGCUAUCAGUGCUGAAGUCUACACGGAGGAAGAUGCUGCAUCCUACGUUAGAAAGGUUAUACCAAAAGAUUAUAAGACAAUGGCUGCUUUAGCCAAAGCCAUUGAAAAGAAUGUACUGUUUUCACAUCUUGAUGAUAAUGAGAGGAGUGAUAUUUUUGAUGCUAUGUUUCCUGUUUCCUUUAUUGCUGGAGAGACUGUCAUUCAGCAAGGUGAUGAAGGAGAUAACUUCUAUGUGAUUGAUCAAGGGGAGAUGGAUGUCUAUGUCAAUAAUGAAUGGGCAACCAGUGUUGGGGAAGGAGGGAGCUUUGGAGAACUUGCUUUGAUUUAUGGAACACCGAGGGCAGCCACUGUCAAGGCAAAGACAAAUGUGAAAUUGUGGGGCAUCGACCGAGACAGCUAUAGAAGAAUCCUUAUGGGAAGCACACUGAGAAAGCGGAAGAUGUAUGAGGAGUUUCUUAGUAAAGUGUCUAUUUUAGAAUCUCUGGACAAGUGGGAACGUCUCACGGUAGCCGAUGCAUUGGAACCGGUCCAGUUUGAAGAUGGGCAGAAGAUUGUGGUGCAGGGAGAACCAGGGGAUGAGUUCUUCAUUAUUUUAGAGGGUUCUGCUGCUGUGCUGCAGCGUCGGUCAGAAAAUGAAGAGUUUGUUGAAGUGGGAAGAUUGGGGCCUUCUGAUUACUUUGGUGAAAUUGCACUACUGAUGAAUCGUCCUCGUGCUGCCACGGUGGUCGCUCGUGGCCCUUUGAAGUGUGUUAAGCUGGACCGACCUAGAUUUGAACGUGUUCUUGGCCCAUGCUCAGAUAUCCUCAAACGAAACAUCCAGCAGUACAACAGUUUCGUGUCACUGUCUGUCUAAAGUCUGCCUCCUGUGCCUCCCCUUUCUCCUCUCCCCAGUCCAUGCUUCACUCAUGCAGACUGCUUUAUUUUCUCUAUUUGCAGCGCCACGUGGCCACUGGCAUCGCAGCUUCUUGUCUGUUUAUAUUAAAAGUUGCUUUUAUUGCACCGUUUUUAAUUUGGAGCAUUAACUAAAUGCUCAUACACAGUUAAAUAAAUAGAAAGAGUUCUCUGGAGACUUUGCUGUUACUGCUUCUCUUUGUGCAGUGUUAGUGUUCAGCCAGGGCCAUGCGUGCCAUGCUUUUUGGUGAGGGCAGAUCCCUGCACCAAACGAAUUACCAUAGAGUAAUGAUGUAACAGUGCAAGAUUUUUCUUAAGUGACAUAAUUUCCCAGUUAUCAUAAGCAUAUUUCAGACUGUGGCCAUAUGUGCUGUAUUUCUUUAUAGAAUAAAUGGUUUCUCAUUAAGCUCUAAGGAUUAGAAAAAAAUGGAUGUAGAAAAAUCUUAGUAUAGUAGAAAGACAUCUGCCUGUGUUUAAACUAGUUGAAAGGUGGAAAAAUGCCCAUUUUUGCUAAUUAUCAGGUGGAUAUGAUCUGUUCAGUUUUUUCUUUUCAACUAGAAUUGUUGAGCAAAUUUGCCUGGUUUUGUUUAUAUCAUGUUGUUAAUGUUCCCUCUCCAAUUCUAAAAUAAUGUUUAGGUGUGGCUAUCUACACCUGCCUUUUGAAACCAAAAUCAUAGGCUGCAAAUAUUGGAUUAUGAUUUAACUGCAUCUGCCUCAGCUCACAAAUUCUGAGUAGACCUUUAUUUAUCCAGCUAGUGCCAAAUAUUGACUAUAGAUGCUGAAUUGAGAACGAGAAUUUGAGGUGUACACUCUUGAUUGUUAACUUGGAGCUUUUGGUUAAUGUGCAUCUUUCAGUUGACUGCAGGAUAAUCUGUGCUCAUUAAAUACUGAUCAAGGAGAUUGGAUGUGCUGGGGAUAGAUAGAAUAGAUGGAACAAAUGUCCUAACAGAAAGAUGGAGGUGAUGUUGCUAAAGGGAGAAAUGCCCGGUGGACAAAGUUCAGUGUUGGGAACUUUGCCCCACUAAAUUCAUUGGGGCAUGAGAUUUGAGGGGUUUUUUUUUUUUUACUUCGGUUUAACUUUUUUCCCUCCUUUGUACAUCAGCUAGAACUUACGGUGUGCUGCAGGAGGUAGGGUAGGAUGUGUCUGUGUUGUUUCAAAUUGGUCUAAAAGGCCAUCCUGCUGAAAGUUCCGCUUUCCUAUCAAGCAUUUAUUUCUCUGGCAAACUUUUUUGUUUUUUUAAAGUAAACUUGUGUUUUGAGUCUUAACUGUAUUUCAGUAUUUUCCAGCCUUAUCAACCUUAUGUGUUACAUUAUUCCAUGUGCACCAAUGAUACCCAACCAUUUAUUUUUAUUAUUUUUUUAAGCAAAAUUUCACAGUUCCAUAAUCUGGGCACUUUUCUUUUCAUUGUGGUUUAUAUAUAAGGUAGAGUUAUACUUGGGAGUGACUGCAAGCAUUUUUCCAUCUGUGUGCAAUUGGCACUCAUUAUUAAUCCCGUCUCCUACUCUUUCCCAGGCAAUUUAAAUUGGUCAUGGUAGGUUUUCUUUUCAUAGAUAUGAACAGUUUUUAGGUUGUUACUAACUUUGAAGUAUAAAUCUGGGAAAGAGGUUUUAUUUACAUUAUAGUGUGGGAUAGAAAGCCACCUUAUUACAAAUUUUUUAUUUUUCAAAAUCUACAUUAGAUGAGGGUUUUCUGAUCUGUAUUUUGUGUUUAGCUACCUUUUUAUAUUUAAAAAGUUAAAAAUUAUGUUCUCGUUAGCUUAAAGCUUGAUUUGAUCUUUGUUUAAAUGCCAAACUGUACCUAAAUGAAUUAUUUAGAAUGCCAUAAAUUUGCACAGUUUCAUAUAUGUAUAUAAUCAUGUUCUUGUAUAUUUAGAUACAUAUAAUGCUUUCUAAAUGAGUUUUCCUCUUAAAUCAUUUGGCUUGCUGUUUACUCCCUUUUGUAGUUUUUAAUCUAAGAAAUUUUAAGUCUAAAUUUAAAAAUUACCACAUUUAAAGCUUUAUCUUUGUGCAAUCUGAGUAUAUGUGAGAAAUCACGAUUGGCGUAAUUUGUCUGAGUUGAUAUCCAUAGCUUUAGAAGUCAUUAUUUCUGGGCUUGGUAAGUGAAUUUUUGAGAUCUGUUGCUCUAGAAAGUAUAGAUGGCCAAAGGACCAUUUUGUGUUGUUUCCUGGUUACUAGUCUGAUUAUACUCUGUGUGCUAAUAUACUCUAUUCUUUUUGUUAUAGAUUGUCUUAACGGUAGGUCAAGUAAUAAAAAAAAUUAAUUUAAAUUCUUAAA